AUGAUCGAGAGUGAAAGACUUAAUUAUAUCCGUUUUCAACAGAAACAUCUUAGGUCUGAAACAUACACAAAUCUUCAGAAAUUUAAGAAUGAAGGAAAAGAGGAUCUAUCUAAUACUGGGGUACGGUUAGUACUACCAUCAUCUUUUACUGGUGGUUCUCGGUAUAUGCAGCAAAACUAUCUAGAUGCUAUGGCUAUAUGCAAAUGGUUUGGAUAUCCUGAUUUUUUCAUUACGGUGACAUGUAAUCCUAAGUGGCCAGAGAUUAUCCGAUACCUUCGAAAUACUUCUAUUAAGCAAGAGGACAGACCAGAUAUUAUGUGUCGUUUGUUUAAGAUGAAACUGGAUUCAAUUAUAAAGGAUUUGAAGGACAAGAAAGUGUUUGGAGCACUAAGUGCAGCGGUUUAUACUGUUGAAUUUCAAAAACGUGGAUUGCCACAUGCUCACAUUUGUAUAUUUUUGAAACCUGAAUCCAAGCUUCUCUCUGUUGAUCAUGUAGACAAAUUCAUAUCUGCUGAGAUACCAGAUAAGAUUGAAGAUCCCGCUCUUUAUGCUCUUGUAUCCGAAUUUAUGAUGCAUGGUCCAUGUGGAAAUGCAAAUCCCAAUUGUCCUUGUAUGGUUGAUAAUAGAUGUUCAAAAAAAUUUCCAAAAAAAUUCAUUAAUGAAACAAUUACCGAUGCUGAAGGUUUCCCUGUAUACAGAAGAAGAGAUAAUGGAAACACCAUUAUCAAGUCCAAAGUUCAAUUAGACAACAAAAGUGUCGUUCCAUAUAAUCCGCUUCUUUUGAAAAGAUACCAAGCUCACAUUAAUGUAGAAUGGUGCAAUCAAGCGGGUUCUAUCAAAUAUUUGUUUAAGUACAUUAAUAAAGGUCCAGACAAAGCAUCGCUUGUGGUGUCAAAUGGAGACGGUACAGAUAACGAACAAACAGCAAAGGAUGAGAUCAAAGCUUAUUAUGAUUGUAGGUACGUUUCCGCUUGUGAAGCUUCUUGGAGAAUAUUUGCAAAUGAAGUUCACUAUAGGUUUCCUCCAGUUAUGAGGCUUCCUUUUCAUAUGGAAGGUCAACAAAAUGUUGUGUUUGGUGCCGAAGACGAUAUUGAAGAAGUGUUGGACAAGCCAUCAGUCUCUUCAUCCAUUUUUUUAAAGUGGAUGGAGAUGAACAGAAAUAAUGAAGAAGCACGGAAACUUACGUAUGUUGAGUUUCCUACAAAAUUCUGUUGGAAACUAAAAGAUAGAGAUUGGGCAGAACGUAAAAGAAAAUUAUUACAGAUUGGACGCAUUCAUUCUGUUUCCCCUGCUUUGGGUGAACCAUAUUUUCUUAGAAUUCUUUUAAACAAAGUCAAAGGACCAAGAUCCUUUGAAGAAAUUAGAACUGUUGAUGGACAGUUGUUUCCAACCUUCAGGGAUGCAUGUUAUGCUAUGGGUUUGUUAGACGAUGACAUGGAAUACAUUGAAGCUAUUAAAGAAGCGAGUUUUACGGGAGAUGGUCGUUAUAUUCGUGCAUUGUUUGUUACUUUGCUGUUGUCAAACACAUUAUCAAGACCUGAAUUUGUUUUCGAACAAACAUGGAAAUACUUGGGGGAUGACAUUUUAUACAAUAGGAGAAAAGAAACAAAGAACAAAGAUCUUGUAAUGUCAGAUGAGAGAUUGAAGAACAAGACAUUGGUGGAGAUUGAGAAGUACCUCCUUCGAAAUGGGUCGUCUUUGACACGAUGGAAAACAAUUCCUUAUCCUGAUUAUGAUUCCUUUGCUGUUGGAAACAAUCGUCUGGUUGACGAAGAACUGUCUUUUAAUGUUCCUCAGGUACAGAGCGAGUUAGAUAGUCUAAAAUCUUCAUUGACUGACGAACAACUAUAUGUUUAUAAUCAGAUAAUGAUAGCCGUUGAAGGCGACAAAGGAGGUGUAUUUUUUGUUUGCGGAUAUGGAGGAACGGGGAAGACGUUUUUGUGGAAGACGUUAGCCUUAACCGUUAGGUCUAGAGAGCAUAUUGUUCUAAAUGUGGCUUCAAGUGGCAUUGCUUCACUUCUAAUGUCAAGAGGUAGAACGGCUCAUUCUAGAUUUCACAUCCCCAUAAAUUUAGAUGAGAGUUCUAUGUGUCACAUAAGGCCCGAUGGUGAUGUAGCUUAUCUGCUUAAACAAACUAGGUUGAUUAUAUGGGACGAAGCACCCAUGGUACAUAGACAUGCGUUUGAAGCUUUAGAUAGAACAUUUAAAGAUAUUUUUGUCGAUAAAAGCAAUCGUCAGUCGGAUGUUUUGUUUGGAGGUAAAGUUAUCGUGUUUGGUGGUGAUUUUAGACAAAUUCUUCCUGUUAUUCCAAACGGAAGUAGGAAAGAAAUUGUUAACGCUUCGUUGAGUUCAUCCUAUAUAUGGCCCCAUUGCAACUUACUUACUUUGACCAAAAACAUGAGAUUGACUGUUGGUGUUUUACCAUCUACAGUCGAGGAGACUAAGAGAUUUGCCGAAUGGCUUCUUGAUAUUGGUGAGGGUAAAGUUGGAGGGGACAAUGAUGGUGUAGCAACUGUAGAAAUACCAUCUGAUUUAUAUAAGGAUCGAGAUUAUUUUUCUGAAAGGGCGAUUCUGACACCAAAAAACGAGGUGGUACAUGAAAUAAAUGAUCGACUACUAGAAUUGUUUCCUGGUGAACAAACAGAGUACCUGAGUUCUGAUAGUAUAUGUGCGACGGAGAAAGGUAUCGAUUCAUUUCAACAAGAGUUGUAUUCACCUGAUGUCCUUAAUGGUUUAAAGAUAUCUGGUUUACCUAAUCAUCGUUUGGUUUUAAAACCUGGAGUUCCAAUUAUGCUUCUUAGGAACAUUGAUCAGCAAAAUGGUUUGUGUAAUGGUACAAGGUUACAGGUUACAUUUCUUGGAAAGAGGGUUAUAGAAGCUGAAAUUAUAUCAGGUGCUAAUGUCGGAACCAGAACAUUCAUACCAAGAAUUAGCAUGAUUCCCUCCGACAAAAAAAUUCCUUUUGCUUUUCAAAGACGACAGUUUCCUGUUGCUGUGUGUUUUGCUAUGACGAUCAACAAGAGUCAAGGCCAAUCUUUAUCUAAGGUUGGAUUGUUUUUAAAAGAGCCCGUUUUUACACAUGGCCAGCUAUAUGUAGCAUUAUCAAGAGUUAAAUCAAGGGAAGGUGUGAAGAUGUUAAUUCUUGAUAAGGAUGGCAAACCUACCAAUACAACAACUAAUGUGGUUUACAAAGAAGUGUUCACACACUUAUGA